CCUUCAUGUCCUCUCAGCUUCAACUUGGUCAUCCUUCAUUGGUCCUAAUUGGAUUUAUAUAUCCUGCCUCAUAACCAUACCUAUGGGUUUGUGAAACUAUGCUGGAUUCAGAGGUCUUGUUCUUGCCACACAAUUGAGUGGAUGGCCAUAACCAAGGAUGAGCUGCAUGUGUGGGAAGAUCACAACAGUGAAGCAAAUAAACAACAUGUCAGAUGUCAGAAAUGUUUGGAAUUUGGACAUUGGACUUACGAAUGCACAGGCAAAAGAAAGUACCUCCACAGGCCUUCGAGGACAGCUGAGCUAAAGAAAGCUCUGAAAGAAAAGGAGAACAGGUUAUUACUACAACAAAGCAUUGGAGAAGCUAAUGCAGAGAGAAAGACCAAGAAAAACAGGUCGAAGAGUGUAACUAGCUCCAGUAGCUCGAGCAGUGACAGUUCAGCCAGUGAUUCGUCAUCGGAGAGUGACACAUCUGCCUCCUCCUCCUCAGAGGACAGUGACUCGGAGGAGAGUUCCUCCAGCUCUUCUUCAGCCUCCUCCACGACCUCCUCCUCCUCCUCCGACUCGGACUCGGACUCGAGCUCCUCCAGCGAUCGCAGCAGCAGCUCCGAGGAUGAGCCGCCGAGGAAGAGGAGGAGAUAAGCCGCUCCUCCCGAGCCCGCGGCGGGCGCAGGUUGCACUCAAGCCAGCCGUUAGCUGGUCAGAACUAGAGUUCAAAGCUUUCUAAAGGAAUAGAGUGUUAAUAGCAGACAUGUAAAGACUUUUA